AUGGAAGGUAUCUUGGACAGCAAGAUAGUGGGCAAGGUCAAGCAGUUCGAUGGCCAACGCUCUUCAUGGAAGACCUUUGAGUUUCACUGGAAGGCCUAUCUAGUGGCCAGCGAUUUUCGUUUCAGGAGGAUGUUCCAGGCCAUCGAAGAUGAACCAGAUGUGGCUAUGCUAGUGAAUGGCGUAGGCAGUGUGAAUAAUCCAGAUUUCGAGCCUCUUUCCAGCCAGCUGUACUUCAUGUUGGUGCUUGCGAUGCCCGAGGACAGCACGGGCGAGAGCAUCCUCUCCAACACAGCAGAGGGAGAGGGCGCCCUGGCGUGGAAGAAGCUCUUGAAUGAGUACUCUCCCAACGAGCCUGGCAACAUCGUAGGACAGUUCAGGAAUAUUCUUGGCACGGUGUUCCCCAAGGAUGCGGACAUCGUCACUGAGAUCAUGAAGCUGGACAAGGAGAUCGCCCGCUAUGAGAAAGCGAGCGGUGAGACAGUGUCAGCGAAUGUCUCUCGAGGCAUCCUCCUAGGUGCUCUCGCAGAGGAACCUGACCUCCAGAAGCACUUGUUCCGCAACCUUCGCAGCCUGCCCACCUACGCCGACAUGCGAGCGGAGGUGGUGAAUGCCCUUGCAGCCCAGAGGAGCGUGAAUGAGGAUGCCAUGGACAUCGGUGCGCUCAAGGGCGGCAAGGCGAAGGGCGGCAAGGCGAAGGGCGGCAAGGACGGCAAGGGCAAGAAGGGCAAGGGCCACGAGUCCCAGCCCUCAGAGAAGUGGUGCAGUUACUGCGAGAAGCCGAACCACGUCCGCUCCGAGUGCCGCAAGAAGGCUGCGGAUGAUCGGCGACGUGAAGCAGAGGAGGCCGCGACGAGAGCUAAACAUGACAAGAAGGACCGCCAGAAGCAGCGGAGGGCUCAGGCGAAGGCUGGAGCCUUGUCCGCUGGCACAGUGCCGACACUGCCAGGAGCAGGGACGCAGGCGCCGCCGUCACCACCGAACCCAGGGGCGCCAGGUACAGCGCCAUCCUGUGGCGCGAGCAGUGCGAGCACCAUCCCUGUCGGGCUGCGAGCUUUGACCACGAGCUCAGAGGCCACGUCCAGCACCCUCGCCCCCAAGUUUGUGUUCGGGUUGGAGGCGAUCGAGGCCGAGGAGAGGCAUGCGACCAUCGCGGCGGUCAGCCACGAGCCUAAGGAUGCGAUCAUGAUCGACAGCGGUGCGCAGAUCUCGGCGAUGCCCAGCCAGAUGGUUUACGACGCAGGCUACACGACCCAGAAGUCGAAGAUCCAGGAGCUGUAUGCGAUUGACGGUAGCAAGGUCCCUCACCAUGGCCGCGCCGACGUCAAGAUUCGACGCGGAGAUGCAGUCCUGCAGCUGGGUAUGGAAGUAGCCGACAUCGAGUGCCCCGUCCUCUCCACAGAUGCCAUCACGAGGCGAGGCCAGUCAGUCCUGCACUCGCCGAUGGGAGACUGGAUCGUGGAUGCGCCGAUGCUGCCGCCCGACGGCGCCGAGGUGAUCAGGCUGAAGAAGGAGCGCUCGGCCUGCUACUUGGAGUUCGACGAGCUGCUGAAGGACGGCCAGAACGCCGAGCAGAGCAAGGUCAUGGCCGCUCUUCGACCGCAGGAGCCUGAGGAGUCUGUGGGCAUCUUGGCUGCAGCACGCAAGACGCUGGCGCCCACGACGGUGCCUACGAGUACGUCUGCGGCUCUUCCUGGAGCGCUUGGUCCAGACCCCUCGGAGAACGUCACCCUGAAGGCCAAGGAGCUCACGAGACCAGGACAGCCGACGGCGCAGGAGAGGCGCGCCCAUGCGGCACACCACCUGCCGUUCAGGCCAUGGUGCCCCGAGUGUGUGAUGGGGCGAGCCCGUGAGCAACCGCAUCCGACGCAUCAUAACAGCCCUGAGCUUGACGCGGACCAGGUGCCGAUUGUGGAGAUGGACUUCUUCUUCGCGGCUACUGACGAGAUCGCGAGGAAGUGCCCGAUGCGCCACGGCUACGUCGUGAAGCUCGUCGAGGCCAAGCGCAUCCCCAGGGGCGAGCGGCGCACGAUGAUCCCUGUGCUGAACAUCGUCGACGGGAGGUCGAAUGCGCUGGGCACACUGAUGACGGACAAGACGGUCGGGCAGUACAAGACUCUGUACGUGGCGAAGCUGAUAGACUCAUGGGGUCACACCACAGUUGUUCUACUGACUGAUGGCGAACCCGCUAUCGUGGCCAUAGCCGAAUAUGUCAAGAAGCAUCGGAGCCAUGGCACCAUCGUUCGUAAAGCCGCCGCGCAUUCUCAUCAAAGUCUGGGGCGCGUGGGAGGCGCCAACUCUCUGGCAGCGGGCCUCUUGAGGACCUUCAGGUUCGCUCUGGAGAAGCGGUUGGAAGUCACGCUCGACGCCGACCACCCGAUCCUACCCUUCGUGACGAACGCGAUCGGCUGGUACAUCACUCGCUUCCAGCCGCGGGAGCACGGAGGGUCCUCCUACAAGUUUCUCUUUGGCAAGGAGUACGAUGGAGAAGUCGCCGAGAUCGGCGAGCAGGUUUGGUAUAGGAUCGCUGGGCGGGUUGCCAGCGGUCAGGGCAAGUACGAGGCCCGCUUUGCUAAAGGCGUGUGGGCAGGCAAGUCGGAGUUCGACGACCAGCACCUAGUCGUGGACUUGCAGCGCGGGCUCCUCAAGGUGCGCACGGUGCGCCGCAUGCCCGAGGAGUUCCGCUGGUCCGACGACCUGCCGAGGCAGAUCAGUGUGACGCCCUGGGACCCCGCACCCGCUAGGGCCAAGGAGAUUGCGAGGCCGAAGGGCCUCUACAUCACAGAGAGGAUGAUCGACAGACAUGGACCGACUUCAGAGUGCCUCAAAUGCUCUACAGGACGAGGCCAGCACUCCGAUGCGUGCAGGCAGAGGUUCGAGCACAUCGUCCAGGAGGAGCUUGAGCGGAGGCUCAAGACUGAGGGAGCCUCGCCAGCGACACCUGCGCCGCCAGGCGUGAUGCCUGGCACGCCCGUGCCUGAGAGUGCGCCUGGUCCAAAUCAGCGUCCGCCGCCUGAGGACCGAGCGCCGGGCGCGCCGAGGCCAGGAGCGCAGGUGCAGGAGGGCACGUCAGGCCAACAUCCCCGCCACUCUGUCGGGGACAUCCCAGACGCGCCGAUGGACACCAAGGACGAUACGACUCGCAAGCGCCAGGUCGAGGCGGUAGAGACCGAGGACCAGGGCGGCAAGCGACAGAGGAUCGAGCUUCUUGGCGUGAGGCCUGAGGUGACCGUCAUCGCGGGCUUGUCGGUGUGUGAGCUCGCGGUCUGCGAGGCGGACGACUCCGAGGAGUACGACCCCGUCUGGGACCCGACCCCCACGCCAGAGAGCCGAUGCGACGGCAGAUGCCCAUCACAUGGAGGACGGUGUGCGCUUCGAGCUGACCACCGUGGGGGCUGCGCCUGUCGGCUCUGCCUGAUCCACGCUGCGCGCGCCGUGGAGGCCCCGAGCGCGGUGGUGGCGGGCCUGUGCAGCAUGUGGGCUGACGGCCUGGACGACGAGGUCGAGAGCCCGCAGAUGGUCCACUACGACUACUACUCAGGCGAGCCGCUGGACGAGGAGCUCUACCAGGAGGGCAGGCGCGACGAGUUGGAGGCGAUGCGGGAGCACGGCGUCUACUCAGAGAUCCCCAUCUCGCAGUGCCAGCCAGGCGGGAAGCACGUGAGGGGCUUCCCGAUCGCCCACAUGAAGGGCGACAGGGUGCGCUGGAGGUUCGUCGCGACCGAGGUGAACGACAAGCACCGCGAGGACAACCACCAGGGCACGCCGCCGCUGAUGGUCAUCAGACUGAUCAUCUCCCUCGCAGCGUCCAAGCCCGACGCUGACGGCGUGCACCGCCGCCUGCUGCGUGUCUGGGACGUGCGCAAGGCGUUCUUCAAUGCGGACUUGGACGAGCUGGUCUACGUCCAUCCAGGCUGGGAGCUGUGCCCGAAAGGCUUCUGCUGGGUCCUGCACAAGGCGAUGACUGGGACAAGGAAGGCCUCGCAGCUCUGGGGCGAGACGAGCAAGGCAGCGAUCGACGACGCGGGAGGCAAACCGCUGAAGGGCACAGCUGGCACCUACCACUUCGAGAACCUCGUGGGCGACGGCAUGGACGCCGCGAUGUGCUGCCACGGCGACGACUUCCUGGCGGAGGGCCACCGCGACACCCUUGACGCCAUUGACAACUUCCUGGAGGCGAACUUCGAGGUCACCGAGUCCGAGAGCAUCGGCCCAGGUUACCCAGGUGAGCUGAACUACUUGAAGCGAAUCGUGGGCUACGCGAGCGAGCUGCCCGAGACCAGGAUUCCAGGCUUCUACUGGAGCGCCGAUCCGAAGCACGUGGAGGAGCUCAUCCGCUGGGGCCGCAAGUCGGGCUCCAAGGCAGCGCCUACCCCUGGAACAAAGGCUACGGGGGCAGGCAUGCGGAAUGCCCUGGGCCCACUGCCCGUGGCCGAGGCCAAGUCGACCUCGUCAGCGGCGGGGCUGAGCCUGUACGUCUCGAGCGACAGGCCUGACGCCAUGUUCAGCUCCGAGACGAUCAUGCAGCACGUCAGCAAGCCGAACGUGCUGAUGAACGACUUGCCAGAGGUCCUGCGCGUGGACGCGGACGCGGACUGGGCGUCUACGACUAGCCUCUUCAGGACGUCGACCUCUGGAGGAGUUGUCCGUUUCGGAGGCCAUGCGGUCGAGGCGUUCGCGGUCAGCCAGGCCACGCAGGCCUUGUCAUCGGGGGAGUCGGAGUUCUACGCGAUCGGCAGUGGUGCAGCACGGGGGUUGCAGGCGAAGCACUUCCUCGGCGAGGUGGGCGUCACCGUGCGCCUGGUCGUGGCCAGCGACAGUGCUGCAGGCAGAGGGAUCUGCCAACGCCACGGCGUGGGAAAGGUGCGCCACCUCGAGCUGCGGUACCUCUGGCUACAGGACCGCGUCCGACUGCGACAGCUAGAGUUGAUCAAAGAAGCGACCAGUGAGAUGGUCGCGGACAUCCUCACGAAGUACGUGGAAUCCGAGACCCUGUACAAGCACAUGGCGACCAUGAACCUGCGGCUCGUGCCGCUCGGAGCAGUGGUGGUGAGCGCGCUGCUACCGACGGCGCGCGGCCAGGAGACGGAGGCGGGCGCCAAAGGGGCGCCCUGGCUACUGAUCGUGAUGGCUCUGAGUAUCGCGCUGCUCUCUUUCCUAGUAGGCUGUUGUGCUGGAGCCCGAGUGUGCUCCACCGCGGUUUGCGACGAGCGUCCAGAGACGAUGAUUGAGGACAGUGCAGCUCCUGAGCAGACCGCAAGCGACGGAGAUGCGAGAGUGCAGCUAGUUCUCUCACGGCUGACAGUGCCUGACCUACGGGCGACGGCUCGCGCGAACAAGAUUGGCCUUGGUGCGGGCUCAGUGCGGAAGGAACGCCUGAUCGAGAUGAUCAUCUCGGCUGGUGCGGGCCCGACUGUGGAGCAGGCAGAGCGCCUAGAGCGCGUGCGUGCCCUGCUUUCCAAGGCUGGUCUGACCUGUUCUGUGCAGCCGCGCCUCCUGCUCACGAAGCAGGCCCUGGAGAGUCAUUUGGUGCUGUUGGAGACGGCUUGCACGCCGUUGCGGAAGAUCUCGGAGUGA